UUUCACUGUCAUGACAGGUUUUGCUCAAAUACUUUUGGAGUCUGUCAGUUCAUUCAGACUGAGUGAGUUCUGCUGGAAACUUAAAGAUCACACAACAACAAACCAGCAAAGACAGGAUUCAUAGAGAAAUGAAUUCAACACAUACAGAGUCUGAUGAAGCACCUGCUUUACAGGAUUUGAGGAUGGUGUUACUGGGAAACACUGGAGCUGGAAAAAGUUCUGUAAGCAACAUCAUAAUGGGCAGAGAGGCGUUUAAUGAGAGCAGCACACUAGUGAGUGAACUACAGAGAGGACGAGUAGAAGACAGAAACAUCUCAGUGAUCGACACUCCAGGAUUCAACAACACUAAACUGACUGAUGAAGAGCUGCAGAAUGAAAUGAUGAAGAGUCUUUCUCUCUCUCAUCCUGGUCCUCAUGUCUUCCUGCUCAUUGUCAGACUGGACAGAUUUGCUGAGGAUGUCAGGAAGAUUGGACGAAACAUUCAGGAGAACUUUGGAGAAAAAGCUUUCAAAUACACUCUGGUGCUGUUUACUGGGAAACAGGAGAUGUCUAAGAAUGAAUGGAUCAAGUUUAGGCUGAAUAGAAGAACUAUAGAUCUUCUAAGCUACUUUGAAGAAAAAUGCCAUGUGUUCAUUCAUAAAAGUAAGCGAGAUAGGAAACCGAUCCUGAGCUUGUUGGAGGAGAUUGAUGAAGUAGUGAGGAAGAACGGGCAAGAACAUUACACUAAAGAGAUGAUCGUGAAGAUUAAUGGACAAGAGAAAGAGAGGACGGUACGACAAGAGGAGACAGACAGAAGACAGCAAGAGAGUGGAUUACACCUAAAUGAAGAUAUAAUAGUCCAUGAGAAAGAAAGGUUGGACAUAUCAGAGGACAGCAGUCAAGAGCUUGUUACCGUAGAAGAACAAAUAGAAAAGAGAGUUCAGAAAGACCGAAGUGACACACAUGAGAGUGAAGAAGGAUGCGGUCCAGAAAGAAGAUCUCCACAAACAGAAGGAUAUCAAAGCGAGAGAGAACAUGAAAUAAGUUUGAUCGAGGAGGAAAUGAGUGUGACACCAGAAAAUCACUCACUAAUCGUAUCAGAUCUGAGGAUUGUUCUGCUGGGUAAAAGUGGAUCCGGGAAGAGUGCAACAGGAAACACCAUCCUGGGAAGAAAUACAUUCAGAGUGAAUACGGGUUUACGAUCAGUCUGUCACACUUCUGAGAAACAUGAAGCAGAAGCUGGUGGAAGAAUCAUCACAGUGAUUGAAACUCCAGAACUGUUUGAUUCAUCUCUCAAUAAUGAAGACCUGAAGACAGAAUUAGAGAAGUCUGCGUACAUGUCUGCUCCUGGUCCUCAUGUGUUCCUGCUGGUGAUCAGACUGGAUGAGAGAUUCACAGAUGAAGAGAAGAACACAGUGAAAUGGAUCCAGGAGACCUUUGGGGAAGAUGCUCUAAACUUCACCAUCAUUCUGUUCACUCAUUCUGAUGCACUGAAUGGGAAAUUACUACAUGAACACAUCAAAGACAAUCCAGAUCUUCAGGCAUUCACUGAGAGUUUUGGUCACAGAUAUCACUCAUUCAACAAUCAGGACAUGUGGAAACGCUUUCAGGUCAGACAACUGCUAGAGAAGAUCGAAGGAAUGGUGGAGAGAAAUGGAGGAAAGCACUUCACUAAUGAGAUGUAUGCCAAAGUUCAGGACAAGAUCGAAAAGGAGGAGAAAGAACAGAAUGCAACAUGGUUUAAAGGAGUUUUGGUUUUCUUAAUAGGAGCUCUAGCAGCUGCAGCAGUCGCAAAAACUGGACUUGAAGGAUGAGGAGUGACUACAGCAGCAGAUUCAAGCAUCUUUAUUAACAGAAUCUAAAAGACAGAGUUUAUUGUUUCUAAUUGUCUGAUUAUAUCUGUUGGUGAUUACUUGUUAGGCUGGACCUCAUGCUCGUAUUGCUUGUUCAGCUGUAACAGAAAUAGGAAUGUAAAGUUAUUGGUAAAGCUACAGUAUAUAAGAUUAUAAAGUAGCAGAAGAUCAACUCUAUUAUCAAAAGAUCUGGGGAACUUAAUUAGAGAUAUUUUUUUUUUUAAUUUUGGAGUCAGAUUGUCUGUAAUUAGUGCAGAUUACAGAUUCUAACUCUAACAGAUGAACAGGAACCAGCUGUGGCAUCUGUAUGGGCAGGUGGAGCAGUGCCAGUGCCACUUGAACACACAGAUCCAUACUACAAACUGACAAUAAUAUAAUUUGUCGUCAAAUAUGAAAAUGGAGGUGUCGCAUUUAUGUGUUCAACGAGUUGAAUAUUGUAAAAUUUCCUUGCAGUUAUGCAUAACCUACGGUAUAGUGCUCAGGAGAAGAAUCUUCUCCACCUAUCUCUGUGGUCAUGAACCACUACAUUUAGAGACUGAUUUACUCAUGUGCUGUUCUUUAUUAUUUAUUAGGCUGGACCUAAUUACUGUAUUACUCAUUAAAUAUUUUGUUGCAUGUAGAUGUACAUAAUAAUUUGUAUGCUUAUGCAUUACCUCGUUUAGAGGGGGAAAAACCAAUUUGCAAUAUAUAUUAAAGUAGCUUUUAACAGGGUUCUAAUUAAACUGCACUAAUUAAACUCCUGGUGGUCAUUGUCAAUAUAGCAGGUAGUUGAAUGUAUUGGACUUGAAACUUGGUUACAUGCCAUUUAACAGGAUCUUAUGUUCAAAGUGACCCACAGUACACUAAUUUAGUGUACUAUACUAAAUAGUACACAAAGAAAAAUUCAUUUAAUCUAUGUUAGAGGUGCAAACUUUUUUCUUCAAAGGGCAAAAAAUGUAACUAGUUUGAGGGCCAUUGGU